CGGUCUGUUUUCAGAAGAAAAAAAAAAGGGGCACAGGAUUGCCUAAAAACGUUUGAGUGAGGUCGGUAAGUGUUCUCUGUGGACCCGCGUGCAGGCUCAGGUGCAUUCUGCAGGUUUGGUUAUUGCGCAGCUGCAACAUUGUUGCACACCGCCGCUGAAGCGAGGAAGACAGGUUGGUUUAGAUCGGCACGAGCGGUGGAAGUAGUUCCACAGCCUCUUGCUCAUUGUGCGCUGUAGUGUCACAGGCCUGUUUAGUUCAAGUGGGAACCUCCAGCUUCAUCCCUGACUGAUGGACGUCUACAGCUUCAUGUGUGCUGCGCUUCUGUGCACGGUUGUGGUGCACGGUAAGCCGACGUUAAGGAAAGACAGAGUUCUUCAUGACCCCGAAUUGGGCAGGCAAGCUCACGAAGACAAUAAAAGCUUCCAAUACGACCAUGAGGCCUUUCUUGGCAAAGAGGAGGCCAGGACAUUUGACCAGCUCACUCCCGAGGAGAGCAAGGACAGGCUUGGUAAAAUAGUGGACAGGAUAGACGGUGACGCGGAUGGCUACAUCUCCACAGCCGAACUCAAGGCUUGGAUAAAACGUGUACAGAAGCGUUACGUUUAUGAGAAUGUGGCUAAGGUGUGGACGGACUAUGAUCUGAACAAAGACAACAAGAUUUCGUGGGAUGAGUACAAGCAAGCCACAUACGGAUACUACCUUUCCAACCCGGAGGAGUUUGAGGAAGCAACAGACCAGUUUAGCUUCAAGAAGAUGCUCCCUCGUGAUGAGAGGAGGUUUAAAAGAGCUGAUCUGGAUGGGGACCUGGCAGCAGAUAGAGAAGAGUUCACAUCCUUCCUCCAUCCUGAGGAGUUCGAACACAUGAGGGAUACUGUGGUUCUGGAAACCUUGGAGGACAUUGACAAGAACGGAGACGGACACGUGGAUGAAGAUGAGUAUAUUGCCGACAUGUUUGCCCAUGAGGACGGGGGUCCGGAGCCGGACUGGAUCAAGACCGAGAGGGAACAGUUUUCUGACUUCCGAGACCUGAACAAAGAUGGUAAGAUGGACCAGGACGAAAUCCGCCACUGGAUUAUGCCACAAGACUACGACCAUGCCCAAGCUGAAGCCAGACAUCUGGUGUAUGAGUCCGACCAGGACAAGGACCAGAUGCUGACCAAAGAGGAGAUCCUUGAAAACUGGAACAUGUUUGUGGGAAGCCAGGCCACAAACUACGGAGAGGACCUCACCAAGAACCACGAUGAGCUCUGAGCUCUCGGUGCAGUUUCUGACGUGUGUGGGAGGAGGGUUGAUGAACAUCUUUUGUCUUCAAAGUCCACUCAGACUCUUGCACCUCCUCUCCGCAACCACCACUCCAUCCUUUCCUCGUAGUAGUAGGACAGAUGUCAGAGUGUUGGAUUGUAAGUCAACACUGUAGAUGCUAAACAAGGCGAGGGAUAAGGGUUGGUCGUACCACUAACACUAAAGUUCCGUCUCGGUUUGGUUUCUGACAUUCAGGAGCAAAGCCAGACACGGUGGACUUACUCUUCAUCUAUGGUGCCUUCUAGCCGCAUCGUCGGAUUCAUUGCCUCAGAGAUCUGUGUAGAUAGUCUUCAAUAAAACCUGUGAAAGCUGAAUGCCGAGCUUUAGGUGAAUUGUAAUAUACAAGAACAGUUUUUGAUAGCACUGUUAAUGUGAAACUACAGCGCGGAACAAUUUUUAAUUUAUUUAUCAAAUCUCUUCUCUACUUUAAGUUUGAGAGGAAUAAUGUGGUUGUCUUUAUUCACAAAUUAUGUUUCUUUGUUUACAGUUUCCUGGCCACAUGAUUUUAAAGACGUGUUGUUUUUGUGCUUUAAGAAAUGUUUAUUAACUGACAAUUAAUGGCAUGGUUUUUGCACACGUUUAGAUUUAAGUGUAGCCUGUGAAAUUCUUUUUUCUUUAUACUUAGUUUGAAAUGUAUUUAUUGGUAUGCUUAGGCCAACAUUAUGCUCUAUGUUAAAUUGAAUUGACCUUUUGUCACAUUUGAGCUUCUUCCUUUUACAACUGUCUAUUUUAAUUAAGGACUUUGUUGAUUUGAAUACAUAACUCCAAAUGAUCCCUUGUUUCCUGUUACAUCACUCCAAGGUCAUCUUUUUGUAUUAAAUGUACCACAUGUAUUUAUAAUGCAUUUGGCAUUGUGUUUACAGUAUAAACCUGAUCAGAAAGUCAUCUUUAAUUAUUGUUUUCAAAUUAAAUGUUCUGUAUUUCUUAAUGGGUACAUUGUAUGUCAUGAAAAGAUCCAAUUAUGACUAACAUUUGUAAUUUUAGUCAAAUUAAUGUCACUUCCUUCUUUCUUUCUUUUUCUGUUGUGCUUUGUUGUCCCAAACCUCAUUGCAUUCAUAGUUCACACAUGGGCACAAACGCAUCGAUAUGUCUCAUUUUCCAUACUGCACAUGCUCAUGAAUUGUGUCAAGAUAAAUAAAACGUAUAAUAU